CGUGGUUUAGCCGGAGCAGCCAGACGUCUGGGAGUCUCCGAAUCUGGCAGGUUAGAGGAGGCCGGGCAGCGGAGGGCCAAGGGGCGGAGAAGGCUCCGGGAUUCGUCCUCCCGCCCGCUUCGGGGGAGCGGCUCCAGGAGCGGGAGGGGAAGCCGAGCCCGCUGCAAAAUCCGCCUAGAGGAGAGGAGGAAGCCAGCCGGGGAAACCAGCCCGUCUGCCUCUGGACAACUUCGAGGGAGGAAGAAAGACUAGGAGAAGGAAAAGAAGAGGCAGCUCCUCCUUCCUCCCCAUUCCUUGGAUUCUUCUGCAACGAGCCGGCUCUGGGAAGCCCCUCCCGGUGUGGUCUGCUCAAACUCUGCAGCUGAGAUGCCAGAGUGUUUUGGUGAAAGGGAAGAUGGCGAGGAAGGCACGUGCAGGAUGUCACUUGUAAACAAGAUUCUUCUGUUUUGACCUUGUUCUGAUCAAUCCAACACCAUGAUCACAAAGUUCUUCAGGUGACCACAGAAGCUUGUCUGAGUUUCAACAAAUGACUUCUCAAUAAAGCAAAGUCAAUCCAUACGUUUGCGUUGUAAGCCACAUUCAUCUAAAGGGAGAAAAGAAGAAAUUUGUCCUGUCUUUCCAAAGUCUUGAGAAAGGCAAAGGUUGUAAAACUCGCAGAUUUUUGCAAUGGUGGGAAUUUAAAGAGGCGAGAACAUGCAGGGAUUCUGCAGGCAUGUGGAAACAUCUGCUUUUUUCCGAGGCACUGUCUGCAUAAGAGAACAUGUGGCCCUAUAAGCUGAAGCUGCAGUCAUGACACGGUGUGACCUUUUAAGCCAUAUGAGAAGCAUUACUGAGCCUUGGUAUCAAACAUAGCUUUAUCUUUAAAUCGGAUGAGCAGCAAUACAUCAUGUGCUAAUCAGGAGAAAGUUGGGAUGGAGAAAAGCUGCUUGACAUGCAGAGAUGCAGCUGACCAUUAUGUGAGGUGAUGAAGCAUUUGUGGGUUGCAUUUCCCCUUGUGACAGUGCUCUGUACAAUGAGUCCAUUGGCUUGGAGCUAAGGACCUGCUUGCUUAAAGGGAUCUUAAGAUGCCUUGCUGUUUCUGACCUGUCCCAGAGAGAGAGAAAGCCUGCAUAAUGGCUCAGACCAGCUUGCUGCAGGGGAAACCGUUUUAUUGUCGAGAGUGGGUUUUUCACAAGCUUCAACACUGCCUCCAGGAAAAGACAAGCUGUAGCAACAGCACUGCCAACAAACCCUCCGUUGUGCUGAAUUCCGGGACGAAUACCUGUGUUGUCCCUGGCAAAGGAGCUGCCUGGGGGGUGUUGUUAGUGGGAGGACCUGGCAGUGGCAAGACAGCCUUUUGUACUGAGUUGCUGUGGCCGAGCUCACCUGCGAGUCUCCAGCGGGGUCUGCAUCACCAAGCCCUGGCCUUCCACUUCUGCAGGGCUCAGGACUCGGACACACUCUGCGUGGGCGGCUUUAUUCGAGGGUUAGUUGCCCAGAUCUGUCGCAGUGGACUCAUCCAAGGAUACGAAGACAAGCUGAGAGAUCCAGCUGUUCAGUGUCUCUUGCAGCCUGGGGAAUGUGAGAGGAACCCUGCCGAAGCAUUUAAGAGAUGUAUUCUCCUUCCCCUUCUUGGAGCCAAGGCCCCCCAGCAAAGUCUCUUCCUUCUCGUAGAUUCAAUAGAUGAAGGUUGUAACAUUGCAGAAAGCGACCAAACAUCUACAAGCAUGUCUGGAACUAUAGCUGAGCUUCUAGCUAGUCACUAUGAGUUUUUUCCUCCAUGGUUGCUGCUCCUGUGCUCUGCCCGGAAACAGAGCAAAACUGUUACAAAAAUGUUUACCGGGUUUCGAAAAAUAAGCCUUGAUGAUCUCCGAAAAGCCUAUAUCGUCAAAGAUGUUCAGCAGUAUAUUCUUCAUCGCUUAGAUCAAGAGGAAGCUCUGAGGCAGCACCUCACAAAAGAAACUGCAGAAAUGUUGAAUCAGCUUCACAUCAAGAGCAGUGGAUGUUUCUUGUAUCUUGAGCGUGUCCUAGAUGGAGUUGUAGAAAACUUUAUUAUGCUAAGAGAAAUCCGUGAUAUCCCUGGAACACUCAAUGGUCUAUAUCUUUGGCUUUGUCAAAGACUUUUUGUGAGAAAGCAGUUUGCAAAAGUUCAGCCUAUUCUGAAUGUUAUCCUUGCUGCUUGCAGACCACUGACAACAGUUGAAUUGUUUCAUGCAGUGUGGACCAAAAACAUGGCAUUAUCGAUGGAAGAUUUCCAGCGCAAGCUAGACGUUCUUUCAAAAGUGCUUGUUGAUGGCCUUGGAAACACAAAGAUCCUUUUCCACUAUAGUUUUGCUGAAUGGCUGCUGGAUGUAAAACACUGUACACAAAAAUAUCUCUGUAAUGCAGCAGAAGGACACAGAAUGCUAGCAAUGAGUUACACCUGUCGAGCCAAGGAUUUAUCACCCCUGGAGGCUCAGGAAUUUGCUUUGCAUCUAAUUGAUUCAAAUUUGCAACUGGAGACUGCUGAGUUGGCUUUGUGGAUGAUCUGGAAUGGCACACCUGUCAAAGAUUCUUUGUCAACAUUGAUCCCGAAAGAACAAGAAGUUUUACAGUUGCUUGUCAAAGCUGGUGCUCAUGUCAACAGCGAGGAUGAUCGGACAUCUUGCAUUGUGAGGCAGGCUUUGGAAAGAGAAGAUUCCAUUCGAACCCUGUUGGAUAAUGGGGCCUCAGUAAACCAAUGUGAUUCAAGUGGGAGAACUCUGUUGGCUAAUGCUGCAUAUAGUGGCAAUCUUGAUGUAGUAAAUUUGCUCGUUUCUAGAGGUGCAGAUUUAGAAAUUGAAGAUACACAUGGUCAGACAGCACUUACUUUAGCUGCUCGACAGGGACACACCAAAGUUGUCAAUUGUUUAAUUGGUUGUGGUGCUAAUAUAAAUCAUACUGACCAUGAUGGCUGGACAGCACUGCGAUCUGCAGCUUGGGGUGGACACACAGAAGUGGUUUCAGCACUCCUGUAUGCUGGAGUCAAAGUGGACUGUGCAGAUGCUGACAGUCGAACUGCCUUGAGAGCAGCAGCCUGGGGAGGACAUGAAGAUAUUGUAUUAAAUCUUUUGCAACAUGGGGCUGAGGUUAACAAAGCGGAUAAUGAAGGCAGAACUGCUUUAAUUGCAGCAGCAUAUAUGGGACAUAAAGAGAUUGUGGAGCAUUUGCUGGACCAUGGUGCUGAGGUAAACCAUGAAGAUGUAGAUGGAAGGACUGCUCUCUCUGUCGCUGCUCUUUGUGUACCUGCUAGUAAAGGACAUGCUUCAGUUGUGAGCCUUUUAAUUGACCGGGGUGCAGAGGUGGACCAUUGUGAUAAAGAUGGCAUGACUCCACUGCUGGUGGCAGCCUAUGAAGGACACGUAGAUGUUGUUGACUUGCUUCUGGAAGGUGGAGCAGAUGUUGAUCAUACUGACAACAAUGGUCGCACUCCUCUCCUUGCUGCAGCUUCAAUGGGCCAUGCUUCAGUUGUAAAUACUCUAUUGUUUUGGGGGGCAGCUGUGGAUAGCAUUGACAGUGAAGGACGAACAGUUCUUAGCAUUGCCUCUGCCCAAGGCAAUGUUGAGGUUGUAAGAACUCUUCUGGAUAGAGGGUUAGAUGAAAAUCAUAGAGAUGAUGCAGGAUGGACACCUUUGCACAUGGCAGCUUUUGAAGGACAUAGGUUAAUAUGUGAAGCACUUAUAGAACAAGGUGCUCGAACAAAUGAAAUUGAUAAUGAUGGACGCAUAGCCUUCAUAUUGGCUGCCCAGGAAGGUCACUACGAUUGUGUACAAACGUUGCUGGAAAAUAAAUCAAACAUUGACCACAGAGGUUAUGAUGGGAGAAAUGCCCUCCGUGUUGCUGCAUUAGAGGGCCAUAGAGACAUAGUUGAACUCCUCUUCAGCCAUGGGGCUGAUGUGAACUACAAAGAUGCUGAUGGCCGACCAACCCUCUACAUCUUGGCUUUAGAGAACCAGUUAACAAUGGCUGAGUAUUUUUUAGAAAAUGGUGCAAAUGUAGAAGCAAGUGAUGCUGAAGGAAGGACAGCACUCCAUGUUUCCUGCUGGCAGGGUCAUGUAGAGAUGGUACAGAUGCUGAUAACAUAUCACGCUGAUGUGAAUGCAGCAGACAAUGAGAAACGAUCAGCUUUGCAGUCUGCGGCAUGGCAGGGCCAGGUCAAAGUAGUUCAGCUUUUGAUUGAGCAUGGGGCACUAGUUGACCAUACAUGUAAUCAAGGUGCUACUGCACUCUGUAUUGCAGCCCAAGAGGGGCACAUUGAUGUUGUGCAGAUAUUACUGGAGCACAGUGCUGAUCCAAACCAUGCGGAUCAAUUUGGACGCACAGCUAUGCGUGUUGCUGCAAAAAAUGGCCACACACAGAUAAUCAAAUUACUGGAAAAAUAUGGUGCUUCAACUCUAAAUGGCUGCACUCCAUCUCCAGUACAUACAAUGGAGCAAAAGCCUUUGCAAUCAGUAUCCUCAAAAAUGCAAUCCUUAACUAUAAAAUCAAAUAGUUCAGGAAGCACUGGUGGGGGUGAUAUGCAACCUCCUUUGCGUAGCUUGUCUAAUGGGCCAUCUCAUGCCUUUAGCUCACCUUCUGAAUCCCCUGAUUCCACAGUUGAUAGGCAGAAAUCCUCCUUAUCCAACAAUUCCUUGAAAAGCUCAAAGAACUCAUCACUUCGCACAACUUCUUCUACAGCAACUGCCCAGACAGUACCUAUUGAUAGUUUCCACAGUAUGUCUUUUACAGAGCAAAUACAACAGCAUUCAUUGCCCCGUAGUAGAAGUAGACAGUCCAUUGUUUCUCCUUCUUCUACAACUCAUUCCUUAAGUCAGAAUCACAGUUCACCAAACAGUGAGUUUGAAUGGAGCCAAGUGAAACCCAGCCUGAAGUCAACAAAAGCAAACAAAACAGGAAAAACUGAGAAUGUCAGCAAAUCUGGGUCUGCUGGCAAAAAACCAAAACAGAAUGUCUCCUCUCAACCCAAAGUUCUAGAAUAUGAAAUGACUCAGUUUGAUAAACGGAUACCUGUUGCCAAAUGUGGGGCAAACUUGCCCCCUAAAUCGAUGGCUCCUGACACUCACUGUAAAAUUGUUGUUCCCCCAGCCCAGCAAGAAGUUUGCCGAUCCCAACAGCAGUUUUUGAUCCACCAACAAAGUGGGGAACAGAAAAAGAGAAAUGGAAUAAUGACAAAUCCAAACUACCAUCUUCAGAGCAAUCAGGUUUUUCUUGGUAGAGUUUCUGUCCCACGAACUGUACAAGAACGAGGGCAUCAGGAGGUUUUGGAAGGCUAUCCUUCUGCAGAGACAGAGUUAAGCCUUAAACAAGCCUUAAAACUUCAAAUUGAGGGAAAUGACCCAAGCUUUAAUUAUAAGAAGGAAACGCCAUUGUAAAGAGGCAGCUCACAGCACCAUGAAUAAAAAAGAAGAGCUUCUGCUUAGAAUGAAUUGUCAGCUGGGCUGGGAUAAAAGCAUGUCUCGCUUCUGGAACCACAUUGAAAAUUACGAAUGUUAUCACUGCAGUACAGUUAUCUUGAUUACUGUAAUGUGCCUAAAAGUGUUAAGCCUGCCUUCUUAAUUUAACCUAACAUAUUUUUUUUAUUUUCUGUACUUUAUACUUCAUACACAGAAUAAGCACUUUCUCUCUUCCUUAGCAGCAGAGCAAGAGAAUGCUGUACUUUCCUCACACAGCUGAAAAAUUGUAAGAGCUAGAAAUUUGAGUUUCCUUUUCAGGAAGGCUCAGUUAGUGUAAAUGUGCCACAGUGGAUUUUGUAUCAAAAGGCAUUGCCUUCUGUAUUUAUUUUAUGUUAAUGCGUCGAAAGAAACUUCAUACAGCCAAAAAGACAAGGAGUGUCCUGUGCCACCUUGAAGACUACAGCAGCCCCUUCCACAGUGGCCCUCUGACUUCUCAAUGCCCUUGAAUAGGCCUUUGUAUGGCCAAUUUAAAUGCAGA